CUACGGAAACACCCUAGUUUAAAAAGCACACAGGAAGUAUUGCACACACAUCUCAAGCAACACCACUAGCACAGGCAUGUGAGAAGACUGAUGUGAAAGAUGUAUGGGCUGUGUCGCAUCUUCCUGCUCACCUAUAUGGUGACGGUUGCCAUCCCUGUUUCUUUGGCUUUCAACCUUGAUAUGACACCCUCUGAUAUGUAUUCUGGCGAACAAAAAGAUUUCUAUGGAUACAAAGUGCUUCAAUUCAAAUCUGGAACAAACAAAGGGAUAAUUGUUACUGCGCCUCUAAAUGGAUCUGGAGAAAUAUGCAAACAUGACAAAUCUGAAAAACCCAAGUGCUUCACCCCUAAAGAUAUUUCUUUCCCAAACAAGACAAUACCGGUCAAGCACUUUGGACUGUCUAUAGCUGAAGACUCCACACUCUCACAAUUCACUGUUUGCAGUCCAAGUGUAGCCCAUGAAUGUUAUGACAAUUCCUAUUUGAACAGCGUGUGUUACAAGAUGACAGCUCAUCUACAGCCAGUCUCCUCUAUCACACCUAAUUUCCAAGAGUGCAAAAAACAGACAGUGGACCUCGCCUUUCUAUUUGAUGGAUCCGGGAGUAUGACUGAAGAAGAGUUCCACAAAAAUAAAGAUUUCAUAGUGGAUAUAAUGAAAAAUCUUUCAAGCUCAUCAAUCAAGUUUGCAGCAGUUCAGUUCUCUUCAGAUUACAGGAAGGUUUUUGACUUCAAUGACUAUCAAGCUGGUACUGCUCUUGAUAAACUCAUGAAAGAACCCCAUAUGAAGAAACUCACCAACACACACAAAGCACUCAAAUUUGUGCUGGAACAAAUCUUUGAAAACCCAGGAGCAGGCGCAACUCCUGAUGCAACUAAAGUUCUGGUAAUAAUCACAGAUGGAGACCCCAGUGAUGCAGACAGACAUGGGAUUAUUAAGAAAUAUGAUGAAAAACACAUAACACGCUUUGUCAUUGGGGUAAGCUGUUAUGUGAUAUACAUGUCUCAUUAUUCUGUCUUAUGUUUCCAAUAGAUAGAUCUCUGUUGA